GUUGUAGGCAGUCGGACUGGUUUGGGAACAUAUUCAACACUGUUACCACUUAUUAACGUCAACAUCAAAUAAUGACUGUGAUUCAGCGUACAUCUGCCAACACAACCGUCGGUUGUGCCAAGCAACUAACUAAAAAUGAACGAUCCACUAUUAAAAAAACGAAUUGUUCUUUGCCUGGUCGUCUAGCUGAUAAAAAGGCUGCCGAGUCUUGGAAACCGCCCCCAUUCACUUUGAAGCAAGUGCGAGAUGCCAUUCCAGCUCACUGUUUUGAACGCAACACUUUGCGUUCUUUUUCUUACAUCAUUCAUGACGGCGUACUUGCAUCCAUCUUGUUCUAUGUUGCUACGUUUAUUCCGCGACUGCCGUUAUGGUACCAACUUGCCGCAUGGCCUGCUUACUGGUGGUGUCAGGGCAUUGUCUGCACUGGUUUAUGGGUCAUUGCUCACGAAUGUGGUCACGGUGCAUUUUCUCCUAGCACUACUAUCAAUAACAUCACUGGGUUUAUUAUCCACUCUGCUUUACUUGUCCCCUAUUUUUCGUGGAAAUACACUCACUCCAAGCAUCAUAAAGCUACAGGCCACAUGACCAAAGAUCAGGUCUUCGUUCCUACUCUACGCAGCGAAAUAGAAGAUUCAAUGAGCGACGCUGAUUUUGAAAAAGCUUACAGCCAUGACGACGACGAUGAUCAUCCUCUUUCCGAAAUGGCUCCAAUCUUUCUUCUUUUCGAGAUUUUCCGCAUGCUGUUUUUCGGAUGGCCUUCAUACAUCCUGGCUAAUGUUUCUGGUCAGCGUUACUCGGGCUGGGCAUCUCAUUUUAAUCCUGCUGCCAAAAUGUUUGAGCCAAAACAGUUUGACCACAUUAUCAUGUCUUGUGCUGGCGUGAUAACAGCAAUUGCUGGCCUCGUCUACCUCGGUCAUAUCUACGGCUCAAUGAACGUAAUCUUCUACUACGUUGUUCCAUACAUCUUUGUCAACUUUUGGCUUGUGAUGAUCACAUUUCUUCAGCAUACAGAUCCACUUGUUCCUCAUUUCCGCAACAACGAAUGGGACUUUCUUCGCGGUGCACUUUCCACUGUCGACCGUGACUACGGUAUCUUGAACUACUUUCACCAUCACAUCGCCGAUACCCACGUUGCUCACCAUCUCUUUUCUACCAUGCCGCAUUAUCAUGCUCAAGAAGCCACAGAGGCUUUAAAAAAGGUUGUUGGAGAAUACUAUCUGUACGACAAUACCAACAUCUUUGAAGCUGUGUAUCGAUCACAGAAGUUGUGUCGGUUUGUCGAAGAUACCGGCGAUAUCGUUUGGUUCAAGUAUUAACCAUGAGUAGUGAAAAUGGGUUAACCUGCAUUAAAGAUUCUAAACGAUAAAUAAAUCAAACACGUUAUUUUGAGUUUUG